AUGGUUGCUAUUAAAUCGCUCGUCACCUUGCUUUUCUCGCUGACUUUGCAUAUUGCUUUUAGUAUCUCUCUCGCGAGCGCACAACAAAAGGAAAAUUCGCAUUGUUAUUGUGGAACUGACACGAAUACUGCGAAUAUAUGCGCUAACUUAAAGUUAACCAUGAAUGGGAGUAAAUGCUUCGUUCCUGGGGGUAUUGAUGGCAUUACCGCCUUCCUUGAUAAUUGCAGGAGCGGCGGGCAGGCUUCCUCCGCCUCAUGCGAUUAA